UGACCGACUGUAUUAUGUUGAUUUCUGUUACAUCAAACAUCAACAUGAAGUUCAUUGUUUGCAUAUUUUUGCUUGCGGUGGUAACUGUGUCGUUAGGUGAGAAGCCUCACUACGAUUUAAAUAACGCCCCUGCUCUAUUUGAAAAAUUCAUUAAGGAUUACAACAGAAAUUAUAAGGAUGCAGCUGACAGAGAAAUACAUUAUCAGGCUUUUGUUGAGAGUUUGAAAAAAAUAAACGAAGCUAAUGCCAGACCUUCUCCGACUGUAUAUGAUAUUAACAAUUUUGCAGACUACACGAAAGAAGAAGAAAAAUACUUGCAUGGACUGUUAAUAGAUCAAUAAAUCAAGUAAAACAAAUGGACAAAGAUCUUCAUACUUAAAAUUUGUAAUAAUUCAUGAAACUGAUUUUCUUGAAGUUAAUAAAUAAAGUCAGAGUUUACUUUUUUA